AUGGAUCCUUCUACAUACACAGAUCCUCAGCUCACCUACCAAGAUCGAUUGGUGAUUGAUGCUAUCGUUGAGCCUAGUUCAAAUGACAAAAGUGCACAGCCAUUGGACAAGCUAAGCACCGAAGAAACAGUCCAAAAGCUUCACAAUCUCAAUGAUCCUUCUCAUGUAGAAUUUGAUCCCACCAUUUCCCAAUUCUGGGAUACCCCGCUGCUACGGGCCAAGCUACCCGCCCCCAUCCAGAAGUAUGUUCUCACGCCAUACAUCAAUUGGGCGAAGGGAAUGGUGCGAUACCAGACCGACGUGGUCAUGUUAACGCACCUUAUACUUUAUUUCACCACUAUUGUUCCAAGUGCUGCACUUCUAUAUUAUCGAUUCUCUUACCUCCAUGGUAUCUUGCACUGGCUCAUGUCAGGAUUUUAUUGCGGUGCUUUCACGUUAAUGAAACACCAGCACAUUCACCAGAAUGGAGUCCUGGCCCCAAAAUUAUAUCUCUUUGAUAUGCUUUUCCCAUACCUGCUAGAUCCAAUGCACGGACACACAUGGAACUCUUACUACUACCACCACAUCAAGCACCACCACGUUGAGGGUAACGGUGGGGACGAUCUGAGCACAACGAUGUACUACGACCGUGACAGUAUUCCAGACUUCUUGACCUAUGUUGGCCGGUUCCUGUUUUUCAUUUGGCUAGAACUCCCAAUGUACUUUUGGAGAAAGGGACAGUUCAAGUACGCGGUCAAAUGUGCUUUCUGGGAAGUAGGUAACUACGUUGCCCUCUAUAUGCUCUACAACUACGUCAAUGCACGCGCUACCAUGUUCGUGUUCAUUCUUCCUCUCACCGUCAUGCGCGUGGGUUUGAUGGUCGGUAACUGGGGCCAGCAUGCUUUGGUGGAUCCGGCCGAUCCUGAUUCGGAUUACCUGUCUAGUAUUACACUAAUUGAUGUUCCGAGUAACCGAUUCUCUUUCAAUGAUGGUUACCACACUUCUCACCAUCUGAACCCGCGCCGCCACUGGAGAGAUCAUCCUGUCGCUUUCCUUAAGCAAAAGGAUCGCUAUGCGAAGGAAAACGCUCUGGUCUUCCGAAACGUCGAUUAUAUCUUCAUUACUGUGAAUUUGCUUCGUAAAAACUACGAAUACCUGGCUAAAUGUCUAAUCCCCAUCGGCGAUCAAGUCAACUGGACCAUGGAAGAGCGAGUGGAGAUGCUACGUCGUCGGACGCGAAAGAUCCCCAAACCAUCUUCGAAAAAGAAGGAAUAA